GAAUCACUAAAUUACGUUUCAAGCCAGCAUAUAACCCUUACACUGAACCAAGUAUGGAAGUCUUUAGCUACCAUGAAGGUUUAAAAAAAUGGGUCGAAGUUGGUAAUUCAGGAGUCUUCCGACCAGAAAUGCUUCUGCCAAUGGGUUUGCCUGAAGGGGUAUCUGUCAUUGCUUGGGGACUCUCUCUAGAAAGGCCAACGAUGAUCAAAUAUGGGAUUAAUAAUAUCCGAGAAUUGGUGGGACACAAAGUGAAUCUGCAGAUGGUAUAUGACAGUCCUAUAUGCAGGCUAGACUCAUGAUGAAUUGGUCCGCAUGGAAUGGAAGCUCUAACUUGUAAUGUUUUCUUCUUAUGGGAACAUGUUAAAAAUCUAAACUCCUAAAAUAUUUAUUUUCAUUCAUAGUGUAAAACAAAAUACAUGCAAACUGAUCAUUUCUGACUUUGGUAAAAUGUUGAAAUACUAAAAGCCUGAUGUAUUUUAUGCAACUUCCCCUCUUGCAUACAAUUUGCUCCUUCGUCAGUGAGCCCAUUUAAAUAGGUUUGUAUUAGGACCUUUUUUAUGUUUAUCUCCUUUUUGGUUUCUUUUUAAACUUGAUAAUUAGAAUGACAUCCUUUUAUUAUAGUAUUAAGUACAUACUAUAAUACAUAGAGUAAAGGGAGAACACAGGACAAUGGACAAUUUGAAAGUUAAUUUUAGUAAGCAAUAUAAAUGGACAGUAAAGUCAAAAUUAAUCGCGAUUCAGAUAGGGCAUGCAAUUUUAAACAAUUAUCCAGUUUACGGCUAUUAUCACAUUUUGCUUUGUUCUCUCUGUUUCCUUUGUUGAAUAGUAAACCUAGAUAUGCACGGUUUGCAACUAUGUAUGGCAUUGCUUUAAACAUUGUUGUAAAUAGGCAUGCACAUUGCUUAGUUAUUCGGCAUUCGUUUAAAAAACAAAUGCAAAAUAUUGCCGCGGGCAUCAGAUUUUUUUUAGUGCAAAUCCAGUUAUUUGUGUGAUGCACAUUAACACUUAUAAAUAACAAAAUAAUGCACAUGCCUAGUUGCAAUCACUGCUGGCAGAUGUCUAAAGACGCGCACACUUCUGAGCUCUCCUUGGAGCUUUAACAAUCGGUACCAAGAGAACUAAGCAAAAUUGAUAACAGAAGUAAAUUGGAAUGUUGUUUAAAAUGUAAUGCGUUAUCUAAUCCAUUUGUUAAAUUUUAAUUUUUCUGUCCCUUUUAAAAUAAAAAGAUGCAUUAAUAAAAAUGAAGCUGUUUAUUUUUGCCAUACUGAGGAAAAUAGAACAAUGAAAAACAUAUGUUUAGAAUGUCAGUGAAGACUUAGCUAAAUACAGCUCACAAAGGGUUCAUUCCUGUUAAGCUGUUGGCUAUUGCAGCUUUUUCUAGCAGUAAAGAUGUUGAAGGGACAGUAAUUACAAGACAUUUCUCUUGUGUUGCUAUAAAAUAACAGCCAAGUAUAAACGUCUUUAAAACAAAUUAACCCUUUCGGGAAGGAGGCAACUUUUUAACUUCGAAACGUAAGCAUCCGUCCAAAAAGGAUGUCAAAUGAUUGUAACUGCAAUCAUGUGACUCCAAACUCUGCUGAUUGGCUCCUGGGGGACUUCCUGUGGUGCUAGACACAUCACCUAGUGGGAUCAACAGGAGCUUUCACAAGGAGGGAAGCAGGAUGUCGCAAAAGUUAGGAUAUUCCAUGCUGUUCUAAAGGCGUUAAAGCCCAGCGCUUUUAGGACGGCAUGGAACGUCCUAACGGCAUCUAGGGGUUUUAACAGCAUUUUUACUGCAAUUAUUUAUCAAAAGCCAAACUCCAUCCACCAUUUGUGUUAUUUGAAGGAGCCAAUCUGGAUUUUAGUCCACAGACAACAAGGCUAGCCCGGGCUAUAAUGUUAGUAGAAAGUGCAUUGUUUUGCAAUUGUUAUCAGUUAAACCCUAUUGGGGACAGAUAUGUAUAAAAAUGGACAUGCAUGGAAGGUUUUUUCCAGCUUCUGUUCUAUCUCAUGGAGUGCUGUUCUUUCAUUGUGUUUUAUUGGGGACAGAUAUGUAGCAGGGUUAUCUUAAAAGUCAGCAGGGUGCCGUUUAAAUUACGGGAAUUAGAAAUUGCUCAAUUUUCAGAGCUAAAUUACAUAAAUAUGGUGCAAAAUAAUAAUGAAAAUAUAUUGCAGGGUUGCUGCAUUAUGCAUAACUGAACAUUUUAUAGAAAUCUCAAUGUGUUUAACCUUAAUGACAGCAUCAUUUUGAAUUGACACUAGUAGGUUAACAGCAGGAUUUUCUGAUUAAACUUCAUUUUAAUACCAACAAUCUUCCAUAUUGGCCUGCUUAACUUAUCAUGAUGACUGAUAUUGCUCCAAUUAUGUAUUCACUAGAUUUCUGCUGACUGCACUGUAUAACCCUUCACAUGUACCAUCCAAGACAUUUUAUUACUGAGUGAGCAGCUGCUAUAGUUCAUAUCACUGUUCCAUAUAAGGUCCUUAUUUGCCUCAUAUAAACCUUUCUGUUUAGAAACGUUUUUUCACUGCAGACUGCAGUAGGAUAAACAAACAUCUGUUUUUGUUAGCCUGGAUAUUGAGUACAUCUCCCUCUUCUGCAUUACGUGACCUGUAUACUGACCGCUUCACUCUAGAUUGCACAGAUGGGACUUGUUCCCUUUUUCUACCCAUCAUAUUAACCAAGUAUUCUCUCAUUUGUAACUGUUCUAACACAAUAAAAACUGUUAUUAAAGGGAAACAGACCCCGGCCAGCAUUCUCUUGCAUUUACUUGUACUGUUCAUAAAGUAAUAACAAAACUGAAUAUACUGCUGGUCAUUGCUUUUAUUUUGUAGACAAAUUGAGCUAAUGAUAACUGAUUUAUUACUGUGUAGCAUAUUUAGUAAAUAUGUAUGUUAUGUAUAAACACUCCCAUUGGUAAUACAUUAAAGUAACAUGAAACUAUA